AGUGACUGCCUCGUCGUAUUUCAUUUGGUUCAUGGCUCGAUCGGUCCAUAGGAGAGGCGUUCGAGAUUUAAACCCUUUGAGAUAUCAGCUUGCACCCUCGAAACACUUGCUCGUCCCUGUUCGAAUACAUGGGACCAAUUCCUCUUCUCAUCUAGAUCCUAAAUCCUCCCAAUCUAGUGCGAUUCCAUGGAUCGUCCUAGAGCUCGGCCGGAAUUAUUCACGAGAGCCCGACUUGGACUCUUUGCAGAAAAUGCCUUCUUUCGAUCCCGAUUGGCUGAAUCAGUGCGAGGUCAACCUCGACCGAGUUCAAGAAACUUGCUCGAACAUUCUGCGGAGACGGUGUGUCAAAGGCGUGAAUCAGGCCGCUUGGCAACUUCGUGCGGUAACGUGUCUCGACCUGACCUCACUCAACUCGGAUGAUACGCCAUCUACGAUCUUCAGGCUAUGCAGUAAAGCGGUGAAGCCACUUAGCGAUGAGAUCGUAUCUCAGCUGCAGACUGUCGGGGUGCGAACCGCGGCAGUCUGCGUCUAUCCACCUAGAGUCAAGGACUGUGUAGAUUCCUUCGAAACUUUGGGAGUCAGGCUCCCGAUCGCAGCUGUGGCAAGCGGUUUCCCAUCGGGUCAAUACUCCAUCGGCAGUCGACUCGACGAGAUCCGUUUCGCGGUGGAGAGCGGCGCCGAUGAGAUCGACGUAGUCAUCAAUCGUACCGCGGCUCACCGGAACGACUGGGAAACUGUCUUCAACGAGCUCUGCGAAAUGAAGGAGGCCUGCGGAAGCGCUCAUAUGAAAGUUAUCUUAUCGACAGGUGAACUUGGCUCACUGAAAAACGUCCGCAAAGCUUCGCUGACAGCCAUGCAGGCGGGCGCUGACUUCAUCAAAACUUCGACUGGGAAGGAAUCCGUGAACGCGAAUUAUCCUGUGACGCUCACUAUGCUCCGAGCGAUCUCAGACUACUACAGAGAUACCCAAACGAGGGUCGGCUUCAAGCCUGCGGGAGGGAUUCGAACAGCGAAGGACGCUCUCGAUUAUCAGCUCUUGGUCAACGAAGUACUCGGCAAGGAUUGGCUUAAGAACGAUCUUUUCCGCAUCGGAGCCAGUGGUCUCUUGAGCGAUAUCGAGAGACAGCUAUUCUUUUAUGCGACGAAACGUUACGCAAAUGCAUCUGAUUUAGCCCCGUGCUGAAGAGCACCGUAGGAUAGAUCUACUCUUUCACUGUUGAAGAU